AUGACUACCCUGACUCUUCUUUCCGUCGAGGACGAGUCGACCUCAAUCUCCUUCGACCCUGCCAAUACCAUCGCGGACAUCAAUCCUCUCAUCUAUGGAGGCUUUACUGAGCAUAUGGGCCGUUGUAUUUACGGUGGUCUUUACGAGCCAGAAAACAAAGAACUAUCUGACGAGAACGGAUUUCGCCGGGACAUAACCUCAUACUUCAAAGAACUUCGAGUCCCGGUCGUUCGAUACCCAGGUGGUAACUUUUGCGCCUCGUACCAAUGGCAAGAUGGCAUUGGACCCAAAGAGAAACGCCCGAAGCGACCAGAGCUGGCCUGGGAGGGAGUGGAGCCCAAUACAUUUGGCACAGACGAGUUCAUGGAAUGGUGCAAAGUAGUUGGUACUGAACCUUAUCUGUGUCUGAACAUGGGCACAGGGACGCUGGAGGAUGCUCUUGCCUGGGUGGAGUAUUGCAAUGGUGACAAGGACACAUACUAUGCAAACCUCAGACGACAGAACGGCCACGAAAAGCCAUACAAUGUCAAGUAUUGGGCUCUUGGGAACGAGAUGUGGGGGCCAUGGCUCGUGGAUCUCCGCUCAGCAAGUAUUGACGUCUUCACAGCAUUAAAACUUCUCGACCCUUCCAUUACGUUGAUCUUGUGCGGAAAAGAUGGUUAUUCGGACUGGGAUCGCUACACUCUCCAGCAAUGCCUCCGCUGGGUCGACAUGCACUCGAUCCACUACUACUCCAUGGGCAGUGGCCACUACAAAAAUAUAUCUUCCGUCUACGCCGCUGAACGAGCUAUCCAAGUCUGCUCAUCCCUAAUCGAUCUUGCUCGGUGCGAAUUCGACCUUUCGCCCUUCCCAGAUAUCGAGCGAAUCAUCACCAAGCCAAACAGCGCAAAGCGUCCCACAAUAUGCUUCGACGAGUGGAAUGUGUGGGAUCCGAAACGAGCUCCCGGCAACAAGGGUGGCGAGGAACAGUAUACGCUUAGCAAUGGGCUGGCAGUUGCCAUCUGGCUGAACAUCUUUGUGCGCAACUGCAAGGAUAUUGGGAUGGCCACCAUUGCUCAAAGUGUCAACGUUAAACGCCCCACGACCACAUACUUCCCGUUGUUGCUCUUCUCAAAGUACAUGCACGGAAAGGCGGUUUCUGUGCAUACUCGUACGGGCACGUAUCAAGGAGAGACAUUCCCACAACGGGUUGAAACGACUGUUCCGGUCCCCAAACUUGAUGUUAGCGCCACCAUUGACAAUGAUGGGUGGAUGAAUGUGGCUAUCUUGAACUCGGACGAAGAGAAGAGCUACGCUACUAAGCUCAAUGGUAUCGCCCCUGGAAGCGAAGUCCAGGUAUUCACCGUUGGCGGCGAGACUUUCAAAUCAGCCGAUGCCAAUUCGGAACAAGAAGAAAAAGUCAACAUCAGAGAGUCUGUGUGGAAUGUAACCGACACAUACCGCUUUGAGCGUCUGAGCUUCACACUUCUUAGAUGGAAGGCAUAA